CCUCCAUCACUCUCCUACUUGUCCACCUCUCUCUCGCUCGCUCGCUCCCUCCGCGCUGCUCCGGGUCAACUCCGCGAGAGAGGAGAUCGAUUGGGCGAUCGAUGUCGCUCGCCAUGUCGCCCGACGCGACCCUCGACGUGUCCAGCAAGCCGCCGGUGCCGCCGCCGUCCCCGCCGCGGGUGGACUCGUGGGCUCGCGGGGGACGCCGCUCCAAGCGCCGCGCCGGGAGCCCCGGCGGCGGCGGAGGAGCCGAGCAGUCGGAGGAGGAGUACCUCGCGCUCUCCCUCCUUAUGCUCUCGCGCGGCGUCCGCGGCGACGCCGCCGAGGACAGCGGCGGGGUCGCCGCCUCCGCCAAGGGCGCCGGCGCGGCCGCCGCUAAGGCGAGCCAGCAGGGGUACGAGUGCUCCGUCUGCGGCAAGGUGUACCCGUCGUACCAGGCGCUCGGCGGGCACAAGACGAGCCACAGGAAGCCGCAGACGCCGCCAACAGCCCCGGCGCCGCAGGCGGCCCCGGCCCCGGCGGGCGACGAGCCGGCGCCCCUCGGCCCCGGCGUCGCGCACGCGGAGGAGAAGGUGCACCAGUGCUCGCUCUGCCUCCGCACGUUCCCGUCGGGGCAGGCGCUGGGCGGGCACAAGCGGCUGCACUACGAGGGCGGCGGCGCCGCGGGCGCGGACGGGGUCAAGGCCGACAAGGACGCCGCCGCCAAGACCAAGGCCAGCGCAGCCCAUGCGACUUCCGUGCUCAGGGACUUCGACCUCAACCUGCCGGCUGCGGCCGCAGCGGCCGCCACGACGACGGUGGAGGAUGCCGAGAGCGCGCUUCCGGAGGCCAAGCGGGCGCGCAUGAUGCUGCUCGUGGUCUGACCGAUCAGCUUCUAUGGCGGCGGCGUAGGUUUUGCUGGCUCUAGGGGUUGUUUACUAGUUAUUUGGUUGGUUGAUUGCUUGAUUUAAUUCCGAUUGCGUGACGCGGACUGCGCUUGAUCGAUGUGAAUGUGAUAAGCACGGAUCCGUUCGGUGCUCUACUCUUUCAGAGCUAGGGAGCUGGUUUUCGUGGCUCCAUCCGGUCCUCCUUGCCCAUUCAUCCUGUACAUAUUUUGCGACCCUGAGCCGCCGGAUCAACAACCUGACGGCUGGGAUCUAUAGCACUUACUUGUAAAGACCCGGUGGUCAAACUCUAUACAUAUGCAAGGAAACCUUCUUUUUAUUCCCAUCUAAA